UUACCCUUUGGCAGAGGGUUCUGAAAGUUUGCGUUAUUAUUAGAAAUAGUUUAUAUUUACGUGUUCAAAGAUCGUUUUAUGAAUUAGGUUACCAUUCACAAACAUGUCUUGGUUAUUUGGGUACAGUACGAAACCUCCCCAGCCGCCUUCUGAUGAACCUCCGGCUGAGAGUGGCGGUGCGCCUGCUACUUCAGGUUUGACUAAAGCUGAGAAGAAGACCAUGGAAGCUUAUCGGUUUGACUCCACUGCGCUCGAGAGAGCCGCCCAGGCCGCUAAGGAGCUGGAGAGAUCACGCCAUGCUAAAGAAGCCCUGGAGCUCAGUAAACUUCAGGAGAGCACACGGCAGCAAGAGCAGCUUGCUAAGAUUAAGGAGUAUGAGGCAGCCAUAGAACAGUCCAAAGUAGAACAGAAGAAAGUUGACUAUGAAGAGAGACGCAAAACACUUCAGGAAGAAACAAAACAGCAUCAAAUGCGCGCUCAAUAUCAAGAUCAACUAGCUAAGAAACGCUAUGAAGACCAGCUGCUACAACAACAAAAAUCUCAAGAAGAAAUUUUGAGAAAGCAAGAAGAGAGUGUGGCCAAACAGGAGGCUUUGCGUCGAGCUACUAUUGAACAUGAAAUGGAGCUCCGUGAGAAAAACAAGCUCAAGUCUAUUGAGGCGGAAGCCAGGGCUCGUGCUAAAGCAGAUCGGGACAACCGAGACAUUAAUUUGGAACAGAUCAGAGUGAAAGCUGCUGAAAAUAGAACCACUAUUUUGGAGAGUAUCAAGACAGCAGGCACUGUAAUAGGAAUGGGACUUAAUGCACUAGUUACAGACUGGGACAAAACUCUAGCAGCUGCGGGUGGCUUGUCUCUACUGGCAUUAGGUGUUUACACAGCUAAGGGUGCCACGUCGGUCACUGCCCGUUUUAUCGAAGCUCGAAUUGGAAAACCCACACUUGUGAAUGAAACUUCGAGAUUUUCUUUACUUGAAGCGGUUAAACAUCCCAUACUAACAUUUUCGAAAGCAAUAAGCAGCUUCAAGAAGCCAUCUGACGCAUUGGCUGGGGUAGUAUUGUCACCCAUCCUGGAAAAAAGAUUACGAGACAUAGCCAUAGCGACUAAAAAUACUCGCAUCAACAAAGGUUUUUAUAGGAACUUGCUCAUGUAUGGACCACCUGGAACUGGUAAAACCCUGUUUUCAAAGAAAUUAGCUAAGCAUUCUGGAAUGGACUAUGCAAUUUUAACGGGAGGCGAUGUCGCACCUAUGGGCAAAGAUGCAGUAGCAGCUAUCCACAAAGUAUUUGACUGGGCAAAUACAAGCAGAAGAGGUGUACUCCUUUUUAUUGACGAGGCUGACGCUUUCCUGCGGAAGCGGUCAUCAGAGAGAAUCAGCGAGCAUCUAAGAGCUGCUCUCAACGCGUUCCUCUAUCGCACCUCAGACCAAAGUACCCGCAUCAUGUUGGUGCUAGCUUCGAACACCCCACAACAGUUCGACUCUGCUAUCAAUGAUCGACUUGACAAGAUGAUAGAAUUUGGCUUGCCAGGGUUCGAAGAGCGCGAGCGUUUGAUUCGUCUUUACUUUGACAAGUUUGUUCUGCAACCUGCAACUGAAGGAAAAAGGCGUCUCAGUGUGGAUCAGUUUGACUACGGAGCUUUGUGCAUAAAUUUGGCCCAUAGGACAGCUGGUAUGUCUGGUCGAGCUUUGUCUAAGUUGGGCGUUGCCUGGCAAGCCGCCGCUUAUGCCUCUGAUGACGGUCGUCUCACUGAAAAUAUGUGUAUUGAAAUUUGCGACGAUGCUAUCAAGGAUCAUCGUCAGAAGAUGGAAUGGCUAUCAGCAGAAGAGAAGUCACGCAGCAUGAUGCCUUACUUGCUAGAUUUGCCACCCCUAGACCAAACAGAAUCAGAUCUGCAGAGACCUAAAAUAAUUGAAAUUUCACCAGUUGCCAGUAAUACCAACAUGAAAACAGAGACAAAGCAAAAGAAAAAGGGAACUGCAAAAGAAAUAGACAUGGAAAAGUGACACUGCGUCAAAACUAAUUGCGAUCUAGACAAAAAAUCAGAUCUACCAUCCGUAAGCUUCAAAAGUGAUGCAAUUAAAAUUAACUGUGAUACGAAACAUAAAUACAUAGUUGACCUCAAAGUUUCCACAACAAAAAAAUAUAUAUCCUUGACUGAAAAUGACAUGGCAAUAUUGCGUAGACUGUCGCUAAGACUAAUGAAGAAAGUGUCAUAGUCGGUGUUAUAUAAUCAGACUGCAUUAUUAAAAUUCGGUUACACUGCCUUUAGUCUGUACUUGCAUUCCUUUAUAAAGAAUUAUACCUAAUAGUAGAUAGUGGUUUUAUACAAAUUAGAAAUUAUUUGCAAAAUAUUUAUAUGCUUUUUCAAUAAAUGGUCAGACUAAACGUUUUACAGAUUUUUGUAUCACAUAUAUAAAUGUAGGUCUUUAAUUUAAAGUGAAGUAAGCUACAAAGCUUCCACUAUCGUUAAGAAUAGUUUAGUCGACUAUUUUUCUUAAACUAUGUUACGGGGUAGAAUGGUAGGUUUUUACUAAUGAGACCAAACUGCUUUUAAAGUAAAAAGUUAAAUCGAGCUAUUUGGCUUGGUUUUCUUUUUCAUUGUAUAAAUCUAUUAGCGAUUGUUAAAGUUAUGUAAUAGUGAUUGCAAGCUAUGUGUGUAUGCUGGAAAGGAUGUGAAAAAUAAUUCGAAUUUUACGUGUUACAUUUAUUUGUUCGACUUGCAUCAAAAGGACUAUUCAGGACAUCCUUUGAUCUAAGCAAAGCAUGACGUGUAAAAGAUUUGAAUUUGUUUCAAAUCACAAUGUCACCAACUGAUUUUACACUGUAAAUUGUCAAUAACGUUACUGUUAUAUUAUUGCAUGUAGUUUUUAUUAGAGAAUUGUUAACACAAUAUAUUGUUUUAUUUACCUUCUAAGUCGCUUAUAAUAACAAUGUGUCAGACAACCACUAAACGCCUGGUCUCAAACUAGGGAAUUCCCUGUAGUAUGAGUACCAGAGCAACGGAGUUCACUUUGGGGCAGUUCCCAGAACACCCAGAACCAAUUUAGAAAACUUGAUUUCCCAAUUUGAUCCUACCGGGAAUCGAACCCGGGGCCUUCUCACCAGCACCCAC